CAGUCCCACAAUCCCUUGCUGCAUACGUGAAACACUACGUUCGUCAUCCUACAUUCUCACCACUAGAAGGCCUCGGUCAAGAUGGCUCUUUAUUUUUCUGGAAGCAAACUAAAUUAUUCUUGUUUAAAAAUUAAAGUUGCUGCUAAUUUUGCCGCUCAACCAUUGAAGAUUCUGCCCAACACUGAUCCUAAGCAAAGCAUUAGAUAUGAGAAAGAUGGGACAACCUUCACCGAUUCGAACGCAAUCUCUUAUCUGGUUGGGAAGGAGUGUUUGUGGGGGAAUACCCUGAAUGAGAACUCCGAGAUCCGGCAGUGGAUCGGUUACGCUGAUGAUCUGAACACUAGAGUGUGCUGUUGGGUAUAUCCUUAUAUGGGGUUGAGGAAUUAUAAUAAACAGGAGGUGAACCAUGCCCAAGCAGAAGUUUUGAAAUACUUAGCAAUACUUGAUCAACACCUUCUACAUAACAUGUACUUGGUUGGAGACAGAAUAACACAAGCCGAUGUUGCAUGUGCAGUUGCUUUAUAUUUUCCAUUCAAAUUUUUCCUGACCCCAGCAACGAGGGAGAAAUUUGUUAGCGCCACCCGAUGGUUCAACACCCUCGUCAAUCAGGAGCAAUUCCGUAACGCAAUCGAUGCGGUUGCCGGGGGCGAUGGUGAUGUGCAGUUGUGCGUGGCCGAGGUGAAAUACGACAAAGGGGGUUGUGAUGCGUUUAGGAAACUCGCUCUGCAGGAGAAUGAUGUCACAAUCAGUGCAAAAGAGAGUGAGGGAAAAGGAGAGAAGCCAAAGACUGAAGCUCAGUUGAAAAAGGAGGCAAAAAAAAGAGAAAAAAUGGAAAAGUUUCUUGCUAAGAAUAAAAAAGCACAAGAACAAAGUCAAGCUAAAGAGGGCAAAAAGCCUAAACCCAAGCGAGCUGAAAAGUCUGAGAAGAAGGCAACUAUAAUAAAGUAUGAGAAAAAUACUCCACCCGGUGAAAAGAAGGAUGUAUCAGGUCCACUACCGGACAGCUACAGCCCACAAUAUGUAGAAGCAGCUUGGUAUUCUUGGUGGGAAAAGAUGGGAUUCUUCAAGCCCGAGUAUGGGCGUAAAUCUGCCCAUGAAGAAAAUCCUAAAGGCACUUUCAUGAUCUGCCUUCCCCCUCCCAAUGUUACAGGAAGCCUCCAUCUUGGCCAUGCAUUGACUAAUACUGUGGAAGAUGUAUUAACAAGAUGGAACCGAAUGAAAGGCAAGACAGUGUUAUGGAACCCUGGCACCGACCAUGCAGGUAUUGCUACACAAGUCGUUGUGGAGAAAAAGUUAUGGCGCGAGCAGAAGUUGUCUCGUCAUGAUAUUGGAAGGGAGGGUUUUAUUAAAGAAGUUUGGAAAUGGAAGAAUGAAUGUAUCUUCACUCAGGUAAACAAGCAAGAACUCACGGGACGCACAAUGCUCAGUAUCCCUGGUUACGACCACAAGGUGGAGUUCGGAGUCCUCAUCUCAUUUGCAUAUCCCGUCGUCGAUAGUGACGAGGAGCUUGUUGUCGCGACAACGAGGAUUGAAACGAUGUUGGGCGAUACGGGGGUGGCGGUUCAUCCGGAGGAUCCCAAGUAUAAGCACUUACACGGCAAAUACGUGCAACACCCGUUCACCGAUCGCAAGUUACCCGUAGUUUGCGAUGAAAUGGUGGAGCGAGACUUUGGGACCGGGGCUGUUAAAAUAACCCCCUCCCACGACCCUAAUGAUUAUGAAUGCGGAAAGCGUCACAACCUCAAGUUCAUCAAUAUUUUCUCCGACGAUGGUGAUGUCAUAAACACAAACACAGAGUUUGACGGGAUGAAACGCUUCACUGCACGCACUGCUGUUGUAGAAGCGCUCAAGAACAGAGGGCUUUAUCGAGGAACAAAGGACAACCCUAUGGUGGUACCUGUGUGUAGUCGAUCUAAAGACAUAGUAGAGCCACUUAUAAAGGUACAGUGGUUCAUGGAUUGUAAGGAGGCCGCUAAACGCUCGGUCGACGCUGUGAGGAACGGACAACUUAAGCUUAUCCCUGAUAUGCAUUGUAAAACAUGGUACCAUUGGUUGGACAACAUUAGAGAUUGGUGUAUAUCCCGUCAACUAUGGUGGGGGCAUCGAAUACCAGCUUAUUUUGUUACAAUUGAUGAUUCUAGUAUUCCUAAAGGAGAGGAAACAGAUGGUGAAUAUUGGGUAUCAGGUCGUAGUGAGAAUGAAGCAACCAACAAAGCUGCCAAGAAGUUUAACGUUUGCCCUUCCAAGAUCAAACUCCGCCAGGAUGAAGACGUACUCGACACUUGGUUCUCCUCGGGAUUGCUUCCUUUCUCUAUCUUUGACUGGCCACAAGAGACAGAAGACUUGAAGACCUUUUUCCCGGGCACCUUGCUGGAAACCGGACAUGAUAUCUUGUUUUUCUGGGUUGCAAGAAUGGUCAUGUUCUCUCUGAUGCUUACUGACAAACUACCAUUUGAAGAAGUUUAUCUGCACGCCAUGGUACGCGACGCCCACGGUCGCAAAAUGAGCAAAUCACUUGGAAAUGUAAUCGACCCAUUAGAUGUUGUAACAGGGAUAUCUCUGGAGGACCUUCACAAAUCUUUAUUAACUGGUAACUUGGAUGAGAAAGAAGUUAAAAAAGCAAUGGCGGGCCAGAAGGAAGAUUAUCCCAAUGGUAUACCUGAGUGUGGGAGUGAUGCAUUGAGGUUCGCACUAAGUGCUUAUACUUGUCAAGGACGUGACAUCAACUUAGACGUGAACCGAAUUCUCGGAUAUCGACAUUUCUGCAACAAAUUAUGGAACGCGUUUAAAUUUGCUAUGAGGGGUUUGGGUGAAGGUUUUGUACCAAGUACAACAGCACAGUUGAACGGCCAUGAAAGUCACAUGGAUUUAUGGAUUCUCAGCAAAUUAUCGCAGGCUGUGAAAUUAAGUUCUGAUGGAUUGGCCAAAUAUGAGUUCCCUGUUUAUACAACGGCUGUGUUUAACUUCUGGUUGUAUGAGUUAUGUGAUGUAUAUUUGGAAUGUUUGAAACCCGUCUUCUCCGGCAACAAUCCCGAUGCCAUUAUGACAUCACGGAACGUAUUAUACACUUGUCUCGAUGUAGCGCUCCACUUAACAUCCCCCCUCAUGCCAUUUAUCAGCGAGGAACUAUGGCAACGGUUGCCACGACGAUCAGGAGAUGACACGCCAAGUGUGACCGUGUCUAACUGGCCGGAGAUUGAAAAGUUGAACUGGCGUAAUGAAAAGAUCGAGCAAGAAGUUGAUUUUGUUUUAAAUUUGAACAAAGUAACUCGGUCACUCAGGUCGGAAUAUAAUCUCACCAAGACCAAAGCAGAUUUAUACGUCCAUUGUAACGAUGAUGAAACAAAGGCCAUUGUUACACGUUACGUGACAACAAUACAAACAUUAUCCUACUCGUCGCUCGUCAAAGUAUUAGGAUCCUCGGAGAAGCCGCCACCGGGGUGCGCUGUUGCCAUUGUUAACGAUAAAUGUAACGUCAAUCUUAUGUUGAAGGGCUUAAUUGACUUGGAAAAAGAAAUUUCUAAGCUGGCAACCAAGAGAGCUGACCAGGAAAAGAAAUUAAAAUCUCUUCAAGAUAAAAUAAGUAAAGAAGAAUAUAAGAAAAAGGUUCCGGCAAAUGUACAAACAUCAGAUGCUGAUAAAGUUCAACAAAUAAUUGGGGAAGUUGAAAAAAUGAAAACUGCAGAAGAAGAGUUCAGGAGAAUGCUUAGUGCUUGAUUGUUACAUUUGAUAGGGAUUGUGUUUAAAUUGAAGCUAUGGUGAUGUCAUAAUAGGGGUUUAUUAUAGAACAAUACUGUAUUAUCCAUCAUGUGUGAUUUAGUUUUUCAUUUUUUUCGGGAAAUUUUAUGUGUGUUGGUCUAAAAGUAAUAUGAUGUCAUAAUUGAUAUGUUUAAUAGCAAUGGUGUAAUACAAAACUAAAUAUUUAAUUUGAAUAACAUUUUGAGCAGUUCAGUUUACAGGUUUUUCAAUAAAAGAUGCUUCAAUAUCAUUAAAA